GGGGUGAAACGGGCCAGAAAAUACCAUUCUCUUCCUUUCUCUGCUAUCAAUCAAGGCUUAAAAACUCACUAGAAUAAAGAACAAGAGGGAGAGGAGAAACUGCGCGCGACAAUUAGUAAAAGUUUUAGGUGAAACCCUCACAGUGCUACGGUUUUUAUAGAGGUUUUCUCCUCGGUUCCUAAUUAAAAGGGGACAGAUUUGUUUUUUGCACUUAAAAUUGGAGCGGUAGGUUGCAGAUGUGAGGUUCUAGCUAUGGAAUGCGUUCUGUCGACUGCACUGGGGCUCGUGAGCCCCCACCACCUCCCCAAGCUUUGGCGUGUUUUGUAAUAGGAGAGAGAGAGACCACACAGGUCGUGAGUUUCAUGAAAUUUAUAAACAUUUUAUUUAUCCUGUAUAUGCCAUGAAGAUUGCCAAAAACUACGUUGCUAUAGAAAUGAGUCCCAGACUGACUCCUCAAUGACGACCAAUCGUUGACCAGAAUUGUAAAUGGGAGAGGGGGGAAGGAAAACUUUCCUUUCUUUUCGGUAGGAGGAGGGGAGUUGUGGAGAAAUGUUUAACGAAGCGUGAAGCGUAACUGCAUGAGAGGGACAAAGACACAUAGCGGGAGAAAAUACGACAGUGGAGCCGUAAUUCAACUAAAGCAGGAUAUGGAAUACACAAAAACAAGACAUGCACCGAAGUUGAAGAUGUUUUGAAAACGAAUGCUAACACGACGUGCAUGCCAAUCCAAGGCAAACUAUACGACAGAAACUUUUGGGAUAGAAUGCGUCACAAUUUAGGCAACAGCCGAGGCUUGCAUGUGUUUGUUCUCUUGUUUUCUUCAUCGACACCACAUUUAUGGAAUAAGAAUACGUCUGUCGUGGAAACGGUAGAUUCUAAGUGGCGCUGUUUCAAUGCUAAGGAUUGCAACAUUGUUUCUCAUACUUUUCAGACAGUUGGGCUGAUGCAGGUUUCUGUCAGCGCCUAACCAACUGUACAGCAUCUAUCUACGGCUUGGACAAAGUAUAUUUGCUAACCUAUACAUUUAUAUCACUAUGAUCACGCCACUCGAAUGUGUUUUUUAGUUUAAGUCAAAUUACUUUUUAACCAAUCUAAUGCCCUGUUCGACCUGGAGAAAUAGGUGCGUUUCGCCGAACUAAACUUCUAAUCAAGUAUGAAGAGUUGGCAUAGCGCUGUGGUGCUACUGUUGUGGGUGUUUGUAGUACUAGAUGCCCAGUUAAUAUGUUGGCAAGCUUUGUUCCGAUGCCACGACGAGCCCGAAUGUGAGCUUGCAUACAGUCAGUAUGUAGCCGCGUGCGAAGGAAACCUUCGAGGGGCCCGGAGACAAUGCCCCAGCCACUGCAUCAACGCUCUGAUACGACUGAAUUACACUCGUAGCGGGCCAGACCUGGAGACCUGCGACUGUGGACAGGACGCCGAGUGCAUCAACACGAAGAGGGCGAUCGAGCCGUGCCUUCCCCGGAGGUAUCCAGGGGAUGCUGGUGGGAUCGGAUGCACAGAGGCCCGUCAGCGGUGUGAGGAGGACAGCAGCUGCCACACCUCCCUAACUGCCUACUUGUCAUACUGUGGACAACUGUUCAAUGGCAGGAAAUGCUCGUCAAAGUGCAAGGCCACCAUUCAACAGAUGCUCUUCAUACCAAAUGGCAUGCUCCUCAACCGCUGCGUGUGUGACGGCGUUGAGCGGCCAUUCUGUGAAGUUGUGAAGGAGAACAUGAGCAAACUUUGCUCCAUUGGAGACCACAGCGUCAUUUCAGACCAAGCUGAUAAGGACGAUGUGUAUGAAGAUGAAGACUAUGAUACAAAACUUGGUAGAGAGGAAAUUGAGCAAUACGAGAAAGACUCUGCUUCCAAAUUGUCUAUCUCCAUGGGCCUGGUGUACUUUACUCUAGCACGGAUACUAUAUUGAGACCGGGGUGAAAGUGCUGCUUCCAAGUAGAGCAAACAGGUUUUUGUACACCAUAAAGACCAGUGACUCUUUGCCAGUCUCCAUUUUGGUGGAAUUUUGCUGACUGAUUUGAGCCUCAAUCAUGGUGUGCAGCCCACAUAACAGGGCAUGGUUAGAAUCAAAGUGUGAACUUUGAACCCUCAAGAUAAUAGUUCAACAUAAAAUCGUCCACCAAUAUGUCUAAAUAUUUCUUUGGACGGUUGUUUGAGGGGAAGUGAACCCAACUUGACUCCUUUUUGGGAAACAUUACACCUAUUAAACUUGAGGGUUCCCUUUACAACACUCUAUUUGUUUUGUUUCGUCUCAAUGGUCCUUGGAGUGUGGCUCUAUUAAGACUAAAGAUAAACAUUGGACCGGUCCAGUCUCUGUUUGCUCUCCCUUCAGUUCCAGGGUCCUCUGCAUUGUUGAAGCCAUCACACUUCAAAUAUUUGGUGGGAACCUCCAGGAGACACACAAGGGUUUGGGAUCAAGUAGUUAAUUUAACUGAAGUGCCUCUUAAGACGCCCCCCUGGUCCCCUACCCAUGACCCAUCCCUCAUCCAGGAUUGUUUUAUAUGGAAGGUCUCCAUAGAGCCCUCCACCCCCUCCAAAAAACAGCUAUCCCUCUUUUUUCACUCAUAACCAUAAGGUGAAUGUGAAUUCAUGACAGACUUAUGUGGAUAUAUGAAGGAGACGCAUUCUUAUGAAGACUUGACUGAAUUAUAUUUGUCCUUGAAAUACAUCACAAAACUUGAGUAAAGUAUACAUGCUGGAUAAUAUAAAUUAUUAUCAACAGAUUCCUUACUGGACAGAAUAAUUCAGAGUAAAAAAAUGUGUAUGUUCAUUUUUUUUCUUUAUAAUGCUCCGUUUUGUCUUUUCAAUCGUUCAUGUGUUGUCUUUGCAGUACGCAACUUGAAGGUUUUUCAAACUAAUCUUUGUUUUUGUAAUGAAUGUCUUCGUCAGUGUUAUUUGACCUAUCACGUAGCUGUCGGUCAGUUAUGAAAUGUAGUAGUUCUGUCAGUGUAUGUUAAAUUAUAAAAUCUCAAUGACGAAUAUAUGUUUUACCUACAAAUUUUAAGUAAUAAAUGCAAAGAUAGUGUGGAAGAAUGCUGUGGACUAAAGCGCAAAUAUUUUGACGUCUCAGUCAAUCCCAUAGUCCACUCAUGAAAUCAAUGGCAGUAUCUUACAUUGUCUUCAAUUGUAAAGGUAUGUUGAUUGUUCAUCUCAACAAGUGUUUGAAUUACAAAAAAUAACAAGAGACUUGCAUAUAAUAAAGGCAAUGUAUAAUACAUUUAUAAUACAACUCUUUUAAAGUAAUGUAUGCUUCAUUUAGAACAGGUGAACCAAAUGAUAUACUAUUUACAACAAAACACAAACCAAUUCCUUGGUAACUUGAUAAAGCCUUACUACCAAGUCUUCCAACAUUUCAAAUGGGAGUGUUUACUUGAAAUUACAUACUCUGCAUAAAUCUGGUUGUGAGAUAAAUGAUACUUAAAGACCACAGGGAAUGGAUAGACAUCAACAUCUGCUGAGGUAACCUUCUGACUGGUGUGUGUGUAGUUCUCAUAAUGCCCUCAUUGUGGAAUACUUUAGGGAUUAAGCACUGUGUAACUGAAACCUGGGAAGGAAUUUUAAGUGUCUCGCUACACAAUACGUCUUAAUUUGACUGAAAGGGCAGAACUGUGCACGGUUGACAAAUUCUAGGUUUAAGUUACCUUUCCCAGCACUCAGUGUUUUUAGAGAGACAGACGCAGUAAACGAUACCCACAUAUUUGUAUGUAAAUAGAAGUCAGUGUCACAGUUGACUCUUACUAGUAUUUAAGAGCUUCACUUGCAUAUAAUGUUCACCAAGUCCUUGCGAAUGACUUUCUAAGUACCCUCAUAAAUUAAAAUCUUAA